UAACGAUAAUAAUAAUAAUAAUAAUAAUAAUAAUAAUAAUAAUAAUAAUAAUAAUAAUAAUACAUUUAACAUAUACAACAUUUGAUGAACUUUUGGCACGCAAGCAUCUUGUAAGAUAUAGUACAGGCCAUUCCUGCUGCUAUAAUUACUAUGUAUUUACUUUUUCUUAGAUUGUAAUGUGUAUAACAGUUCUUGCUCUAAAACAUAUUGUAUAUUAAUUUUAUUGAUAAAUCAUGAUAAAUUAUGAAUGAUUAUACAAAAAAAAAAAGAAAAGAAAAUAAACUUGUGAAUAUUAUAAUAUAAUAUACUGUCACUUAUUUUUUUAUACAAUUAGAAAGAUUGUAUCCACAAAGCCAAUAAACUAAAAAGAUAAUCGACUUUUCGUCGUUUUUAGUUACCAUUGGCUAUUGCAAUUAAUAAUUCCGAAUAUAGUUUUACACAUUUUUUAAAUCUUGUAUAAAAUUUGAUUUUUUAUAGAAAUCUUCAUAAAGUACAAGAAUGUUAAAAUAUAAGAGACGUAAACUGAAAAGUACUGCUGAAUCUAAUGAAACAGAACAUGUAACAAAUGUCAGGCGAAUAUUUUUAUCUGAACCCUUUGUAUCUACUGAUUAUAAAAAUGUAAUAUUUUAUCGAAAAAUUAAAUCUGAAACAAUAAUUGAUUCUAAUACAAAUUAUGACGAUUUGUGCGGUCCUUGGUUUUACACGUAUAAAUCAGUGCAUGCUCAUUAUGAUUUAUUAGUUCCUAAAUUAUGCAUUUGGAAAUUAAUUUCAUAUAAAGAUACAGCUUACAUAAAACAACAUCAACAAGAUAAAGAUAUUAUUUUAUCAUUUUUCAAAAAUAUAUUUUCCGAACAUAUCCCUAAGGAUAGAAACGAUAUUUUUCUAAAAAUUGCUUGGGAAAUUUUUGAGGUUACUAGGUGAAUAAAUUGAUAUAUAUAUAUAUAUACUUUUAUUUAUCAUAAUAAGAAUUAAUAUUUAUAAAUUCAAGUAUAUU